AUGUCUGCAAAAAAAGAAGAUCUUUUUGGUUUAGAAAAUGAUAGUGAGGAAGAGAACAAUGUUUCAUUUGAUGAAGAAGAAGAAGAUAGCCGAUUCUCAAGAGCCAAUCUUCAAAAGAAUACAUUAAAUGACAGUGAUGAGGAAGAAAGUGAUGCUGCUGAUGAUAGCGAUGUUGAAGAGCCUGAAGAGAUUGAAGAUCAUUACGAAGAAAAAGAUGAGGAAGAAAAGAAUGAUGACGAUGAACAAGAACUCGAAAACAAACCACAUGAAGAUGACAAAAAAGCUGAUGAUUUUGAAGAUGAUGAAGGCUAUGAUGCUCCUGAGGAUCUUAGUGAAUUUGGAGCCCAAUCAAAAACUAAAUCUAAAUCUAAAAAGAAGAUAAAGAAACUAACACCUGAAGAACUCAAAAAAUUCGAAAAGGCGAUAAAGAAAACAGGUGUUUGUUAUCUUUCACGUAUUCCACCAUUUAUGCAACCUAGACAGCUUCGAUCGAUCCUAUCAAAAUAUACUGAAAUUGGUCGUAUUUAUUUAGUGCCAGAAGAUCCCAAAACUACAGCACGUCGUAAAAAGUAUACAAGAAAUAGACGAACAAAUUUUAUUGAAGGCUGGGUCGAGUUUAAAGAUAAAAAAACAGCAAAGGCAUUAGCCGAGCAUUUAAAUAUGAAACAAAUUGGAGGAAAGCGUAAAAGUGUAUAUUAUCAUGAGAUUUGGAAUAUUAAAUAUUUACCUAAGUUUAAAUGGCACCAUUUGACAGAACAAAUGGCUCAUGAAAGACAGGCUCGUCAAAAACGUCUAUUGACUGAAAUUGCUCAAGCUAACAGAGAAAAUAAAGUAUAUAUCCAAAACGUACAACGAGCCAAAAAGAUGCAGCAAAAGCAAGAAAAGAAACGUCAACUUGAGGACAACCCUGAUGAAGAAGUACCUAUUAAAAGAACAUUUAAGCAAAGAGAUAAAGUUGAACGUGAAGUGGACCUCAAUGAAUCUGGUAAAAAAGCUUUGGAUAAAAUUAAUGAUAAUCAUUUGAAGAAUGUAUUAGGAAAUAUCUUUUCCAAGAAAUAA